UUUCCCAAGCUCCCAAGUGCUUCGGUGUUCCGAACCAAUUUCACAGCGAAGGUCAAUAAACACGAGUGUUCACCGAAGCUAAGGUUCGUCAAUUGUGUUCCAGAGAAGCUUUCCUCGAAGCUUAGGGUCGGAACGUACGACCCUAUGGAUUAGCUCCAGUUUCCCGCUCACAUAGUCUUCUCGGUUUUGUUUUUGUCUUCACGCGUUCACUCCAUUUUUACUUAGCCUAGUGAACAAGCUCAACAACGCUCUCUCUCUCUCUCUCUCCCCCUCUCUCUGUUUUGGGAAUCAUGGCGAGGGCUUGGAUUGUCGAUGGUCGAGGAAUUGCAGCCAAAGUUAAAAAUGCCUCUCUUUCUUCAGCUUUGCAGAUCCAAGACUGUGGAGCUCAUAUAAAAUGCCCCAACUGCACUUACCGCAUUGACAAUAGCAAUGUACUGAUUCCAUGGCCUGGCCUUCCUAAAGGUGUCAAGUUUGAGCCAACUGAUGAGGACAUUAUCGAAUUUUUGGAAGCUAAAUGUGGGAUUGGUGGCUCUGAACCUCAUGUGCUUAUCGAAGAGUUCAUUCGUCCUGUCACUGAAGAUGUUGGAAUCAAUUACACUCACCCUCAAAACCUUCCUGGUGCAAACAAAGAUGGAGUGAGUGUCUUCUUCUUUCACAAGACAGUGCAGGCAUAUGGAACAGGACAGAGGAAACGCAGAAAGAUCACACCGACACUUGUGAACGAUGAACCAGUUCGUUGGCACAAGACAGGCAGAACCAAACCUGUGAUGCUCAGUGGAGUCCAAAGGGGUUGCAAGAAGAUCAUGGUGCUCUACAAGAGCGCUAGAAAGGGAACGAAGCCCGAGAAAUCAAACUGGGUUCUGCAUCAAUACCAUCUAGGAACAGAAGGAAAGGAGAUAGGAGACUAUGUUGUUUCCAAGAUCACAUAUCAGCAGCAGAAGCUUGGGGAAAAUCCUGAUGAAGGUGAGAGUAGUUCCGGGGUUAGAGGUGGCCCAACAACACCAAAGACGAAUACUCCUACACCACCUAGCCUUGUAGAUGGUGUCGCUGGAGAUGAAGAAGCUUUUGAUGAUUUAAAGAUGUUUGAUCCAUUUUUUGAGGAACUGGACAGCAUUCCUGAAGCUGCUUUAGGGAAGAUGUGGUCCAAAAAAGCUCGAAUGGAUGAGGAAUUUGUUGUGAACCUAAGUGAAGAUAACUUAAUAUGCGACGAAAGCAUGGAAGCUUCGUCUCUUUGGGAAAAUCAGGUUCUCCCCAAUCCUAGCCUUGGAACUGUUGGGGACUUCGAUGGUUUUUCGAUAUCAGAUCUGGAGAAUGCAGAUUUGGGGACUCCCCCUGAUUUCCUCACUUUGGCUUCUCAGGAGAGCUUGCUGAAUUGGAUUGGAUGGUUGUGAUUGGAUUCUUGCUGCUACACAAAGAAGCUCUUCUAGUACGGCGUUUUCGCUGAAGAAGGAAAAAGCUGGAAUAUGUCAUAAAUAAGAAAACUUUAAAGUCUCCGCAACUGAAGUCAUAUCUCUGUGAUAAUUUUACUUCAGGAGACCAGUUUUCUCUCGGAUUCCCGGAAAGCUGCUUAAAUAUUCCGGGAAUAAUCAUUUUCAAUCUCUGAAUCUGCACUUCAUCAUUGUAAUUCAAAUAGAUAUUUUGACCUUUGUACUCUUUGCUGUCUUAUGAUGGUUACUCUGUUUUUGUUUGGCUCAGGGUCCAACGGUUAUAACUAUUUAUUUUUGG